AUGAUUUCCUUAGCAGAUGUCUACCAUGUUGUCACUGCCACUGUCCCAUUAUAUGUGACCAUGGUUCUAGCCUACAUCUCAGUCAAGUGGUGGAAGCUCUUCACCCCAGAACAAUGUUCAGGCAUAAACAAAUUUGUGGCCAAUUUCUCAGUCCCUAUUCUGUCAUUCCAAGUCAUUUCAUCCAACAACAUUUACAAAAUGAGCCUCAAACUGGUUUAUGCAGACUGUGUUCAGAAAUUGCUUGCAUUCCUGAUCUUCACAGCAAUCAUUAAGAUCAAGGGCAGAGGUGGUCUGAAGUGGAUCAUAACUGGUCUCUCACUCUCAACACUUCCCAACACUUUGAUCCUUGGAAUUCCUCUCAUGAAGGCCAUGUACAGGGAUGAAGCUUCUCUUCUCCUGCCACAGGUUAUUUUCCUCCAGAGCAUGGUCUGGUAUAAUCUCUUGUUGUUUCUUCAUGAGUUGGAUGCUGCAAUUCCUGCAAGGACCAUGCCUGUUGUUGCACCACCAUCACAAGACUCAGGAGAAUCUGAUACUUCUCAGGAGAUACAAUCAAAAGAAGAAGAAGAAGAAGAACAUAGAACACAGAGCAAAACGAGGAUGCUGAUCAUUCUUAUGAAAGUGGGGAAUAAAUUAAUCAUUAAUCCUAAUACCUAUGCAACUUUCAUAGGUCUUAUUUGGGCAAGCAUACAUUUCAGGUGGGGAGUGGAUAUGCCAGAUGUUGUUAACCAGUCAAUAGAAAUAUUGGCAAGUGGAGGUCUAGGCAUGGCAACUUUCAGCUUAGGUCUAUUUAUGGCAUCAAACAACAGAAUCAUAGCAUGUGGGCCAAGGAUGACAAUGGUGGCAAUGGGCCUGAAAUUUCUUGUUGGGCCUGCUAUAAUGGCUGUAGCCUCCAUUGUGAUUGGAUUAAGAGAUAGAAUGCUCAAAGUGGCAAUCAUUCAGGCAGCUCUACCCCAAGGAAUUGUUCCUUUUGUUUUUGCUAGAGAGUAUAAUGUCCAUCCAGGAAUUUUAAGCACAGGGGUCUUGCUAGGAAUGCUCAUGGCCUUGCCUGUGGCAUUGACCUACUAUGUCCUCUUGUCACUCUGCUUCUGAUACACUAUGUCAAGUAUAUAUAUAUAUUAUAUACCAGAAACAAUGACAGAAGAGUUUGCAUUGGUGUAAAACCAACAGUUUAAACAUAGUUGUAUAUUGUCAGUAUUGAUUCAUAUAUAGUUAGAGAGAGAAUAAAAACAAGAUAUCUUUAUCACAAAUUGCAUGAGUAGAGAAAAAAAAAAUAUAUAUUUUGCAUCAGUUGGUUCAACAAAGAAAUAAAGCAUGAUUGUGCUUUCAUCAUCUUAAAAAUUCAAAUACCAAGAAAUUAGAUAUACUGUAAUUAAGGUUUUGAAGUAUCUAAAAAUGAUGAAGUGACUUGUCCAGAACGUUUGAAGUAGACUUAGGAUUAUUCUUUUGAUGGAUUGAAGUCUAGGUUCGGUUGAAAUUAAGUGACACUAAAGUGUGACUGAGAUGGCUGUAAGAAGCACUGUGACGCUCAAGAAUACUAGAAUUAUGAAGCUAAGUGAUGAUGUAUGCUACAUUGACUUGACGAUAUACAUAAAAGUCAGAAAUUAAUUGAAUUUCCUAAUAUGCGCCUUAGGUUUUAUGUGAAUGAUAUAUUUUUUUAAUCCAAGCAUGAUUCACUGUUUAUCGAUGUUAGUUUUCUUGAAAGGGUUGUUGACUAGGUGUUAAUCUUUGUCAAUAUUUGUAAUGUGAUUUUCUGCUAUCCUAAUAUUGGCGUAGUGGCUAUAUGGAUUGGGCUCUUUUCGCAACGUGUCCGAAGAACAUAAAAUAAAUAACUUUAAACAAUACAAGCUGUAUGUUUUAGGAAUCAAAUUCUGCAAUUACUCAAUACAUAAUACGUGUGAACAGUGACGAGAAAAAGCUGAAGGCGAAUUUUUUUACAAAAUCUUAAUGGAAUAAAAUCCAAAGUUGGAAAUUUGGAAUGAAAAUGUCCUAUAGUUUGGAGGUGCGAUGAAGAUGUGCAGGUAAACACAAGUAUAGAGCUAUCUACCUUUCUACCUUCUCUAAAUUAUUUAUGAUUUCGCUUGCUAUUGGUAAAUUUAAGUGGGACUAGUGUUAUAUGAAACACUACGAAGAGAAGUUUAAAAUAAAUUUAUUGUAAAUUUUCCAAUUGUAUUCAACUUCUGAAAAUAGUAAGAAAGAAUAUUAAAAGACAACAAUCAAUCUUACAUUUAAAUUUCAUUAACUUUUAAAAUUUGUGCCAAAUAUACGGGUUAUAAAAACCAGAAAAACAUGGAAACAGUUCUUCUCAUUUUCUUCAAGCGUUCUGUUGAGGUAACAAUUUUGUUUUAAAAAUAUGCUCAUAAGACAGGCACUUCCAAAUAUAUUUUGGAGACAAACAAAAUUUAAAAUAAAUAAAAAAUUUAAACAGCAAAUACACAAGGCGUGCUACACUUUCACACAAUUUUCCCUUAUUGGAACAAAUGCAAUGAGCCAUUCAUAUAUUUAAGAAAGAUAAAUAAAAUCACUGUUCCCAUUGCGUCAAAGCUUGCGGCCUGACCAAGUUGGACCAAUCCUCAACUUGAUCAGUAAUUUUUUGUAUUUAUGACAUUUAAUAACUUCGAUAUGAUAAAUGCAAUAUAAACAACACCUAUAUAAAAUAUGAAAAACUUUGUUCUCUUAGUAGUAACUUCCUU